CUCCACUCUUGUGUAGGAUGCCAGAGGUUUUGUCAUUCCUUUUGCUCUGCUUGUGGUCCAGGACACUGCAGUGGAAAAGCAGCUGCCUCUGCCCGAGUGGGCUGCUGGAAAGGGUGGUUGGCUGGUGGGUGUGUGCUGGGCUGAUUACUCAGCCCCCGAAUGGCAGCGCAGCCCUCGUAUGCCCCACAAGCACUUCGCUGCUGAGUGCACCUGCUUCCCGAGCCUGGCCGCCAAGCGCGGUUUUGUGUGAGCGCAGUCUGCCGCCGGGCUGGUCCCUCCGCGUGUGCGUGCCGCCUCGGUGUGGGAGGAGCAGGUGGGUGCCCCAAACUUGCAGCCGAGGGCGGAAGCUCUUUGGGGUUUGCUGUUGAUGCUUGAGGCUUUCAUAGAGUUGCAGCAUCUGAGCUGGGUGUUCGCUGCUGGAGUGAUGCAGGCACAUAAAGGCAGAGCUGGGUCUUCCCCCAGGGCUCAGUCUGGGACAGCCCCAGCAGUUUUUGGCUGCCAUAUGGAAGAUCACGCUAAGCACGUCCAGCCCAUCCCGCUCCCGGCCAUGCAGCAGAACUUGAACUACGUGUAUCCCCAGAUCUUUUGGGUGGACAGCUGUGCCAACCCCAGUACUUCCUGCCCCCCUGCACCUCCCGUCGCUCCUUUUCCACCACCAGUACCCGACCGGAGGACAAAACCAAGGAACAACAGGGAAAGGAGGAGUGUUGGCUUCCUGGUGAUCUCCUUGCUGAUCCUGGUGGCCCUCACUGGAGUGGGGCUGAGCAUGUUUCAGAUUUUCCACCUGGAGAAGGAACUGGCUGAACUCAGAGAGUCUGCCAGUACUGAACACAUCCCUCCAGCUUUGGAGAAACUCAUAGGGCAGAAGGAGCAGUCAAUGAUAAAGGAAGCAAGGAAUGCAGCACACUUAACAGGGAACCCGGUCCAGCAGGACCUCCCUCUGGAGUGGGAACCCAUCUCUGGCCACGCCUUCACCAACGGCAUUCAGUACCGCGAUCAGGGCCUCGUCAUAAAUGAGACUGGCUUGUACUUCGUAUACUCCAACGUGCUCUUCCGGGGCAGUGUCUGCAGCAGCCAGGUGUUGACCCACAUUGUCUACAAGAAAAACCCAGCCUUGCCAGGCAGCCACGUGCUGAUGGAGGACAAAGGCAUCAACUACUGUACGAGUCAGAAAACAUGGGCCCGGAAAAGCUACCUGGGGGCUUUAUUCAAGCUCAGGAAGAUGGACAGUUUGCAUGUCAAUGUCUCCAAAAUUGCUCUGGUUAAUUUUGAGGAAUCCAAGACAUUCUUCGGCUUAUUUAAGCUUUGAAUGGGGCUGUUGGAGCGUGGCUGGCAGGCCCCCCCCCACACACAUGGAUGCGUGAGGGGUGAGUGCUGCCUGAGCGGCAGUGGCCAAGCCAGUGUCUCGCACCACCAAGAAACUAUGUUUUGGCCUUCAGUGUAAGAGGGUUCAAGCAACAGGUAAAGGCUUAAAAGCAGACCUGCAGACCUCUGGGAAGCACUGGGGCUGUACUGUGUCUACCUGAAGAGAAUCACACAUUUUCCCCCUCUGAAAAAACCAACAAACUCGAAACAUAGUGUGCUGAAGACCCCAUUGAAACUCACUACUUGCUACCUGAGAAGAUGCUGGUGCCAGCGGCCCCACAUGAUGUCAUGGCCCUGGUGAGCUUGGGCCAGCAGGCGUGUGGGAACAGCCGGUGGGCAUCAAGGAGGCCCCUUGAGCCAAGGCUGCGGGUGCCUGGGCCAUGCUGUGCCACACCACAGGCAGUGGUGUGGGAAUGAGUAGUACGGAGGCCUCAACUGCCUGCCCCGAGCCAUGGCUGGCCACCCUGCCCAGGCACUUGGCACUGUGACUGCUGUAUGACCAGCACCUGCCUGCUAGCUGGUUUGUUAGGUGUGAUACAUUCAUUUUGCAUUAAGUUAUUGACCAUUCCCAUCCCAGAAAAUGUCCCCCCAACCUCUUUAUUUAACUCCUUGCAAGGAACGUGCCAGAAGCAGUGAUGCCAUGACAGGGGUCCCAGCCUGGGAGAGAAACCAUGACUGUGCCGUGGUGGUGGAGCUGGUGGGGAAGCCACGUGCUCUGCUGACAGGAACUGAACAAGACAGCGGUGGAGGGCAGUGGGGCCUGAGAUGAAAGCAGCAUCUCCAACCCCCUUCCCAUCCUUUUGACACAUCAGCGUCCCCCAUGGAGACCUGGUCCUGCCACCCCCUGCACGGUGCAGGUGGGGGCAUGCUGACCACCAUCAACAGCAUGUCUUUGGCUGGCACCCUUGUCACAGGGUAUUCUCUCCCGAGCAAA